AUGGCAGUUCCGAGGAAAUGCUUCAUCUUAACUUUGAUGUUUGCUUUGUCAAUCUCGGGCUUUGACAUGAGCUUUGCAGCUCGACACCUUCUACAAACGCUUCCUCCUCUUCCGUCAUUCCCUAAAACAAGCAUGCCCCCGAUGCCAUCUGUCCCCACCCUACCUCAACCCACUGCAUUGCCACCAGAUUCAGUCCCCUCAACUCUUCCUCAACCCGCUGCAUUCCCACCAACAUCAAAGCCAAGUAUUCCACCAAUACCUGCAGUCCCGACACUUCCUCAGCCUGCUGCACUGCCACCGUUAUCAAAGCCAACUAUCCCACAAAUCCCGGCAAUGCCAAACCUGCAACAAGCGACUUUACCACCACAACCGGCAAUUCCAAUCCUGCCACAAGCGACUUUACCACCACAGUCGUCUAAUCCUCUUCCCAUGAUUCCGACUGCCACAAAUCUACCAAAGCCUACAGCUCUGCCACCAUUGCCAUCUCUACCAACAAUUCCAAAGCUCACAUUACCCCCUCUUCCGGAUAUGCCAACAGCUCCUGUUAAUUUCCCAACUAUGCCUUCUCUAACACCACCACCAUCCCAGUAA